AAGAAAAGAACUUAAAAGUUGAAUAGAAUAAUAGUACUAGUAGAGAUAAUAUUAAUGCUUUUGAAUAAAUCUCCCUCUCUCUCUCUCUCUCUCUCUCUCUCUUUUUUAAAAGCAGUGCUUCCCUUCACCUUCAGAUCUCCCUCUAUUAUUAUUAUUAUUAUUUCUUUUUUAAAAACCAAAACUCAUCCUACUCUGUACCCCCAAAAAAAAAAAAAAAAAAAAGAAAUCAUCUGUGUGAAAAAUGGGGGCAUACAGAGCUGAAGAUGAUUAUGAUUACUUGUUCAAAGUAGUGCUAAUUGGUGAUUCAGGUGUUGGUAAAUCUAACCUACUUUCUAGAUUUAGUCGUAAUGAGUUUAGCCUUGAGUCUAAGUCCACUAUUGGUGUUGAGUUUGCUACGCGUAGUAUCCAUGUUGAGGAUAAAGUUGUUAAAGCUCAGAUUUGGGAUACUGCUGGUCAGGAACGAUAUCGAGCAAUCACGAGUGCUUACUAUCGAGGAGCUGUUGGUGCAUUGCUGGUUUAUGACGUCACUCGUCAUGUGACUUUCGAGAAUGUGGAGAGAUGGUUGAAGGAGCUCAGAGAUCAUACUGACUCAAACAUUGUCAUAAUGCUUGUGGGAAAUAAGUCAGAUUUGCGUCACUUGCGGGCUGUUUCCACUGAGGAUGCCAAGGCAUUUGCUGAGAAGGAGAGUACUUUUUUCAUGGAGACAUCUGCUCUGGAGUCCUUGAAUGUGGAAAACGCCUUCACAGAGGUGCUCACACAAAUACACCGUGUUGUGAGCAAGAAAGCUCUUGAAGCAGGAGAUGACCCAGCAGCAUUGCCUAAGGGGCAGACUAUUAAUAUCGGAAACAAGGACGAUGUUUCAGCAGUUAAGAAAGUCGGGUGCUGUUCUUCUUAAAACAAGGACUGAUCUAGAUGUUGGAAGAUAUAUUCUUCCUUUUGAGUUCAAAUUUUCAUGUGGCAGUGGUACUUCUCCCUUUUCUGUACAAGGAAUUAACCACAUGAAUUCUUAGCCGUGAGAGCUCUAGUUGGUGCUCAAGUCGGAUUUGAGCUGCAGUUCUUACACGAGUUCCUCAGCAUUCUUUAUCCCAGUUUCUAUAUUUUUGUUAUAGCUUAGUGUAUGAUGGUAGUAUAGCUUCUUAUGAAUCUCUUGGAUAGGGUGUAUUUGAUUGCAAAGAUUGAACUGAGACAUGUUUGACCAGAUAUUGUCCCGCCUAGUACUACAACAGUUUCACUGGA